AUCAAAUUUACACUCUUUUUUUUUCACCGUCUUUCUAAAAUAUUAGAAAAAUGCACAAGAUCAUAUUGAUCACAGCGCUAAUUGCAUUAGUCUCCACUGAGAUGACGAUGCAAAUGAUUGCCUAUAAAGCCACAAAAACCCCAUGUUGCAUGGACACUUUGAUGCCAAAUGUGUGCAAAUCCUUGUACAACCGAGAUCACGAGAAGUUCACUAAACAGUGUAGAACCAACCCUGAUUUCUCUUUCAUUCAAUGCUGUCAUUCUUGUCAUUUCAAUAUGGACAUGUUCACCAGCGACACUAUCCCAGUGCCUGCUGAUCUUUACCAACACGACGUCGAAGAACUCCUCCUCCGCCAUCAUCCACAAAACUGUUUCGAUCGUCACGGAACUCAAUUCUGUGAAGCCUUCGUUACCAGAUCAGGGAUGUGGGGAAGAAAAUCACUGACCUGCCAACACUCUGUGUUUGCAUUCAGAGUUUGCAGAAAAACAUGUGGAUUCUGCGCAUCAGUGAACAAAACAGCAACAGUGAGAUACGACUCGAAUUUAGCCAAGAAUCCGAAAGCAUGCGAACGACUUUUCUAAUCGACGACUAAUAAUACAUUAUAAUUUAAAUUAACUGAUAUUUAUAUUUAUUGAACUUUCAAUAUUUUUCUGUACUACAGCUUGAGAGUACAUAUCUGGUUUUACCUCCAUUUUCGAGUUAUGUGUCAUGACCCUUUGUCCUUCUUUGUCCUUGUCUCCCGACCCCAAGUAUUUGAAUUUCCGAACAGUAUUUGAAGAUUAUCACAAAUAAAUCCUAUUGACUUAA